GAAGCGGCCCCAUUUAACGGUUGCCUACGCAGCGGACUGGACGCGCUUCUUCGUGGUCCCAGCCUUGCGGUGCUGCGUUCGCCUGAUCGCUCGGAUCCUUAUCAAGCCAAAGCCGACGCGAAGUUCUUUCUCACAACCACAUCAUUGUGAUUCCGCCACCAUGUUCGAGGCGCGCCUGGUGCAGGGCUCCAUCCUGAAGAAGGUGCUGGAAGCGCUCAAGGACCUCAUCAACGAGGCCUGCUGGGACAUCAGCUCGAGCGGCGUGAACCUACAGAGCAUGGACUCGUCCCAUGUCUCCUUGGUGCAGCUCACCCUGCGCUCUGAAGGCUUUGACACGUACCGCUGCGACCGUAAUUUGGCCAUGGGCGUGAACCUCACCAGCAUGUCCAAAAUACUAAAAUGUGCUGGCAAUGAAGACAUCAUUACGCUAAGGGCUGAAGAUAAUGCUGACACUUUGGCACUAGUAUUUGAAGCACCUAAUCAAGAAAAAGUUUCAGACUAUGAAAUGAAGUUAAUGGAUUUAGAUGUUGAGCAACUUGGAAUUCCAGAACAGGAGUAUAGCUGUGUAGUAAAGAUGCCUUCUGGUGAAUUUGCACGUAUUUGCCGAGAUCUCAGUCAUAUUGGAGAUGCUGUUGUAAUUUCCUGUGCAAAAGAUGGAGUGAAAUUUUCUGCAAGUGGAGAACUUGGAAAUGGAAACAUUAAGCUGUCACAAACGAGUAAUGUCGAUAAAGAGGAGGAAGCUGUUACCAUAGAGAUGAAUGAGCCAGUUCAGCUGACUUUUGCACUGAGGUACCUGAACUUCUUUACAAAAGCCACUCCUCUUUCUCCUACAGUAACACUUAGUAUGUCUGCAGAUGUGCCUCUUGUUAUAGAAUAUAAAAUUGCUGAUAUGGGACAUUUAAAGUACUAUUUGGCUCCCAAGAUCGAGGAUGAAGAAGGAUCUUAGAUAUAAAUUAAAGAAAAGAAAACAAAGCUCUUUUUGAACUGCUUCUGAGAUGCCAGCACGUCUUUUUUGUCACCAAAUUUGUACCUCUGAGUACAUAUGUAGAUACUGUUUUCUGUAAAUAACCAAUUUUUUUCUCUAUACAGUUUAAAGUCAAAUCUGGUCCUGUUAACCUAGAAAUAUUUCUGCCUUACCUAAAAAUACUCAUGAUUUUUCUAACAAAAGGGUAUUGACUCUAAAUGCAGUUUUAAGAAUGUUUUCGAUUUAAAUAAAGUUAUCUCAAUUUCAAACAUCAUAGGGCAGUGCCUUCAUUUAGACCACUACUGUAUUCAAGGGAAUCCUCAGCUGAAGCUAUCCUUUAAUGGAAAUUAAGUCUAGAGUAGCCUGAUACAUUUUGUGGAGGUAGCAGUAAAAAAGUACUUCAAAUACAGUAAGAUGUAAAUCUUUUUCUGUGGUAACUAGAUGGUUUGGGGGAUUCAUUUUGCCAAACUUACUUUGCUCUUAUUCUAACAAGUUCAAGUAGUGGAUGGGAGAGUAGAACAAAUCCUGUGUUUCAUCAUUUUAGUUAGCAAAAAUUAACAUUUUUGGAUGGUUGGUGUGCCCAAAGUUCAGAGGGCUUUGUAAUAAGACUAGGGAUUGCUUUACAGGAUAAUGUUUCUUCAGACUAGGGAAUUUUUUCAAGAGUUGUGAAAGUUAAUCUGUGAUAAGGUCCAGGAGUCUGUUUUAAAAAAAUCUCUAUUAUUUGAGUAAGUGACCAUUUUUAGGACCCUUCUUUAAGGGAUGAAGAUGUCUUAAACUUCUUGCUGUUGGACCCAACCAAGAAAGUAGGAAAGCCCAGAAGUUGUUUAAAAAAAAAAAAGGCUUAAAAACAUUCCCAGUAACGACUUGGCUGCAAGGUCACAAACUGGCCAUACUACGUAUGAGAAUUGCUUUAUUGUCUUUUUUUUUCCAGUGUAUUUUGUCUUUAGUUGAUUUAAAUUACUAAAAAUUUGCUCAAAAAUCAUCAUCUGCUGUUUGCCUCGGGUGGGGGAGGGGAUUGGCUGCAAAGAACCCUGAUGGAACUUUAUGGGAUGAUAGAAAUGUAUCUAGAUCCUGGUGAUGGUUCCAGAACUAUGCAUCUGAUAAAUCUCAUCCUACUGUAUUAUAUGUAAGUUAUAUCUUAAUAAACCUGACUUUUAAAAA